CGCAAUCGAGUUAGUCGUGGACAAACAAUCAACGGUGUUGACGUGCGCGGGAGAGUGCUGACGUUCACGUGCUCGCGGGUUUUGACGUUUUUUGAGUUUCGGCGGAUGGGAUUCCCGGCGGCGGCGGUCUGAGGUGGUGGCGGCUGCGGAUUUUGGAUGGUUUGCACGAUUGCCCGCUUCUUCUGACCAGUGCGUGCCAGCCGUCGCCCAUGCAUCUCCCAGUCUCCCUAACGACCUGCAGCGUUUCGGAAGAAGCGUGGCCCAAGUCUAGCAUGUGCGAGCCGCCGGCCUCGGGCUACAUGAGCAACCAGGACAUCUGGUGGACCGAGCACCUCAUCCACGAGAUCCAGACGGAGCACCCGGGGGAGCUGGUGCGCACCGGGAGUCCGUACUUCCUGUGCUCGGCGCUGCCGUCGCACUGGCGCUCCAACAAGACGCUGCCGGUGGCGUUCAAGGUGGUGGCGCUGGGCGACAUCGGGGACGGCACCAUCGUGACGGUGCGGGCCGGCAACGACGAGAACUGUUGCGCGGAGCUGCGCAACUCGACGGCGGUCAUGAAGAACCAGGUGGCCAAAUUCAACGAUUUGAGGUUCGUGGGGAGGAGCGGACGGGGGAAAUCUUUUUCGAUCACGAUCACGGUCUCUACCACGCCUCCGCAGGUGGCGACGUACACCAAAGCGAUCAAGGUGACGGUGGACGGGCCGAGGGAACCCAGAUCGAAGACCACCGGACAGCACACCACCUACCGGGCGAUCGGCCUGCAGCGGCCCUUCCUCGAAGGGCCCUUCACGACGCACCUCAGGGACUUCGAGGCGUACAAAAAACGGGGGGCGGCGUCGUCGCAGAGCAGCGAGGGCUCGCAGAGCUCGUACAAGCAGGACUCGCAAGAUAGCUCUCUACAUUCCAACGGCCCCCCGGCCCACUGCCCCCCGACCACGUGGCCCGACUACUCCACCACCUACACCCCGUACACCCCCCAAACCCCGUACUACGACCACCACCAAGAGCCGGCGCACAGCACUUCCAUCCAUCUACCCACCGUACUACCGGAGCCCGGCCAUAACGAGUUUAUCAAUACAUCGCUGACCUCCCCGACGCCCAUGCUCAACAGUGCCAAAUCCGAGAUCGACCCCAUGAUCUGCUCGAGCCCGCGGUACUCCGACAACAGUACUUACUACCCGAACAACUGGGGCACCAACACGACUUACCCCAACAACUACAACUACUACAACACGCCGAACAACAACCAGCAGUACACGGGGGCGAUGGUGUUGUACCCGCCGUUGUACUCCACGGUGAACCAGAACCAGAUCCACUUCCAUCUGCACGGCAGUACCGAGAAGAUCGACCAGUACUUGGGCUCGGAGGCGCUGAAUUUGAACCCGACUAGGGCCAUCGAGCUGGCGCAGAACGUCACGACGGAGGUGGCGCAGACCCACCAGGAGCCCCUCGACGACGGCGCCGAGAGGACGCAAGAGCACAACAGCGACCCCGCCAGCGUGUGGAGGCCGUACUGAUGACUUUCGAGUGUUUUUCUAUUUAUUGCUGUGCGAGGAUUAUAAUUUAUUCCGAUUUGUACAAUAAGUACUGUAUUAUACAAAAGUAUUAGUACUACUCUAAGAGAAAUACUUAACGUUAUUAUUUUUCUACUCGCUUUACUAGGUUUAGUCAUUCUUUUACCAAAUAAUUCUUAUCAUAGUUUCGAGGAUGUCUUAGAUAAGAUACUGGUUGUGUUUGACAGUUGCAAUAAUUUCGUGACUUCGCUCUCGUCAAUUAUACUUUCGAAAUAUGUGUCAACUCCAUGUCAAAUAAAUACAUAUCAAAAUCUAUGUGAUUUUUAAAGUUUAAUGGGCUACGUUUAGCUCGGUUUCAAGAUAUUUAUAUUGUAUUAUUGAUAGAUAA